AUCCCACAAGCUAUCCGUCUCGGUUCCAAUUCCUAUUCAGAACUCGAUCAAACUACGCAACAUAAAUGCACAGAGAAGCCGAGGGGGGCCAUUAGAAAAUAGAUUUAAAAGGCGAACCCUUAGCCCUUUCUCUCACUCAACAAAAGCUUUGCCUCUGUCUCCUCUCCGCCUCUCUCUCGAACACACGAUCGCUAUCUGCUCCCAGAUCUCCUCUGCUCUCCCGAGAAAUCUUAGCUAUCAUGGCUGGAGUGGCACCUGAAGGAUCUCAAUUUGAUGCUCGCCAAUAUGAUGCCAAAAUGAAUGAGUUGCUUUCGCAAGAUGGGCAGGAUUUUUUUGCAUCAUAUGAUGAGGUUUUUGAUAGUUUUGAUGCUAUGGGUCUCCAGGAGAACCUUUUGAGAGGCAUUUAUGCUUAUGGUUUCGAAAAGCCAUCCGCAAUCCAGCAAAGAGGUAUUGUUCCUUUCUGCAAGGGACUUGAUGUUAUUCAGCAGGCACAAUCAGGGACUGGAAAGACUGCAACAUUUUGUGCUGGUAUUCUGCAACAGCUUGAUUAUGGCUUGGUACAAUGUCAGGCUUUGGUUCUUGCUCCAACUCGUGAAUUAGCCCAGCAGAUUGAAAAGGUGAUGCGUGCACUUGGUGAUUAUCUUGGUGUGAAAGUUCAUGCUUGUGUUGGGGGAACUAGUGUUCGUGAAGAUCAACGUAUUCUUUCAAGUGGGGUUCAUGUUGUUGUGGGAACACCAGGUCGUGUGUUUGACAUGUUAAGAAGGCAAUCUCUUCGCCCUGACUACAUCAAGAUGUUUGUGCUAGAUGAGGCAGAUGAAAUGCUUUCUCGUGGUUUCAAGGAUCAGAUCUAUGACAUAUUUCAGCUGCUUCCUUCCAAGAUACAAGUUGGUCUAUUUUCUGCCACAAUGCCUCCAGAGGCUCUUGAGAUUACUCGCAAGUUCAUGAACAAACCUGUCAGGAUUCUUGUGAAACGAGAUGAGCUUACUUUGGAGGGUAUCAAACAAUUCUAUGUCAAUGUUGAGAAGGAAGAAUGGAAGCUUGAGACCCUCUGUGACCUCUACGAGACAUUGGCCAUCACGCAGAGUGUGAUUUUUGUCAAUACUCGACGUAAGGUGGACUGGCUUACUGACAAAAUGAGGAGCAGGGACCAUACUGUCUCAGCAACCCACGGAGAUAUGGAUCAAAAUACUAGGGACAUUAUAAUGCGUGAGUUCCGCUCUGGCUCGUCCCGUGUACUCAUCACCACUGAUCUUCUUGCUCGUGGCAUUGAUGUCCAGCAGGUCUCCCUGGUUAUAAACUAUGAUCUGCCAACACAGCCAGAGAACUAUCUUCAUCGUAUUGGACGAAGUGGUCGUUUUGGAAGAAAGGGUGUUGCAAUCAACUUUGUCACUGUUGAUGACGAAAGAAUGUUGUUUGACAUCCAGAGGUUCUACAAUGUGGUGAUUGAGGAGCUGCCAUCCAAUGUCGCAGACCUAAUCUGAUAUGUUAUUUUUGUUAAGCUGGAUGUUUAAUCUAUAUAUGUCCUAUUAGGUUUAGUAAUAAACUCGUCGAUGGCAUGUCUUUUGACCAUCUUGAACUGUGAUAAAAAAAGAAAGACUUGUCAAGUGCUGGUUUUUAUUUUUGUGUAAUGGUGGUUACUCAGGACCCUAUUUAUCGGGCAUCCCAUAUUUGCAGAGUUGUAGAAGCUAAGGCUCUUUCUCCCA